AUUAAGACUCGAAGUUCUUGCAGGACCAACCGUGUGCUGUGACCGAGAAAAGGCUGUCAACAUGUCCGCCAAUGGAAGCUCACCGGUCGGUCUGCUCUCUUACGAGACUCUGGUCCACGCUGUGGCAGGGGCAAUGGGCAGCGUGACAGCAAUGACUACUUUUUUCCCUUUGGACACAGCUAAAAGUCGGCUUCAGGUUGAUGAGAGCAGAAAUUCCAAAUCCACGCCAGUCAUCCUGGCCGAGAUAGCGCAGGAAGAAGGCGUGCUGGCUUUGUACAGAGGUUGGUUCCCGGUUAUCUCCAGCCUCUGCUGCUCCAACUUUGUCUACUUCUAUACCUUCAACACACUGAAGAGGCUGACGGCCACAGGGCCGCAGCAGUCCAGACUGGGCAAAGACCUGCUCGUGGGCAUCGUAUCAGGGGCGGUGAAUGUGAUCCUAACUACGCCUAUGUGGGUGGUCAACACUCGUUUGAAGCUACAGGGGGCCAAAUUCAGAAACGAGGACCUUCAUCAGACGCACUACAAGGGCAUGUUUGAUGCCUUCUCCCAGAUCAUAGGGAGCGAGGGGGUGCCCACGCUGUGGAACGGCAUGCUGCCCUCUCUUAUCCUUGUCCUAAACCCGGCUGUGCAGUUCAUGUUCUACGAGUCCAUGAAGAGGAGGGCAGGCAAAGGGGGCAGGAAGAUCUCAUCUGGUGAGAUUUUCCUCAUGGGAGCUGUUGCCAAAGCCAUCGCAACCACCGUCACGUAUCCACUGCAGACCGUCCAAGCUAUACUCAGGUUUGGCCAGUACAAAGGCGAUGGCAAGGGCGGCCUGAUGGGAAGUCUGGCAAACAUCUUCUCCUUGUUGAUGGAACGAAUUCGGAAGCAUGGCCUUCUGGGGCUCUACAAAGGCCUGGAGGCCAAGCUGCUUCAGACGGUGCUGACUGCUGCCCUCAUGUUUGUGGUGUACGAGAAGAUCACUGCCGCCACCUUCAAAAUGAUGGGCCUGCACAGGAAGCUCACGCACUGAGCGGCUCAUCGCUCGCGCUCCCAAUCCCGAUUGGAGAGGUGAAGGAGAUCAGUCAGAUCAAAUGUUCCAUUCGGUGGACUUCGUAACGUGCACUUUGGUUAAACCGACUAAUGAGAUGAAAUGACUCACGGCAAAUGAUGAAAAGUGCUUUUUGGGGUGUUUGACUUUUGAAUGGAAAGUCCUCAUGACUGUCAGUCAGUGACAUGACACGGGCUCCUAUCACUUGUUUACAUGACGGAAAAAAAAACACUUGGAUUUAUAUUUCCAGUCAUUAUUUUUACAAGUCAAGAAAUUAUCUUUUAAAAAAGUGGUUUGUACUGUUUUAGUGGUAAAAGUGGGUUAGUAAAAACAUUACAAUUUGA